GUGGCACAGUUAUUGCUCUUUACACGGACACGCGCGCUUUCCUACAGACUUCCGGUACUGCCUCAUCCUCCGCUCCUCGAGACGUUACUCCGACUCUCGGUUUCAACUGCAGCGUCAACAGAAAGCCCAGCAGCUCCUCUCAUCUGCAGUUCACGUUGCUCAAGUUCAGUUGGUGAUGGGAAGCACAGCAUCAACAUCGACAUCAGCAUCUCGUUCUGAAGAUCAAAGCAGCUCGAGGUCUGUGGACGAAGAACCCACUGACAUGAGUGGGCGGAGGCCACAGCGCGGGGACUUGAUAGAGAUCUUCCGUGGCAGCUAUCAGCACUGGGCUGUGUACGUUGGUGAUGGCUCUGUUGUUCACUUGGUCGUGCCCAGUUUCAACAGCAUCGCUGUCAUAACUCAGAGGGGGGUUGUGAGGGAGGAGAAUCUGAGGGCUGUGGUGGGAAAUGACCAGUGGCAGAUCAACAACAGCCUGGACUCCACCCAUAAUCCCCGCCCAGCUGACGUCAUUGUUAAAGAGGCCAGGAGCUGGGUGGGCAGAGAGAUAACGUACCACAGCAUCAGGAGGAACUGUGAGCACUUUGCCACAGAGCAACGAUAUGGUGUGUCUGCGUCGCAGCAGGUGCCUCAAGGAGUGGAAGACUUUGCCAGAGCGUGGGAUACAGUUACUGAUACAGUUACUGAUACAGUUACUGAUACAGUUACUGCAGGCCUGGGACGACUUUGGUAGGCCUAAAGCAAACUUUGUGUGAGACGCUAAAACAUUCCUGUCAUUACCAUAAAAUCACACAGUUCUGAUCGCUGAAUCCACACGCCUACGUUAGUGUCCACAAAGAGAUGGGCAGAAGAAUCACCAGGAAACCUCUGACUUUAUUUUAAAAUACAGUAAGUGGAAGAUAAAUGUGGUUCCUCUGUAACUGCUGCAAUGCCAGAGCUACGAUUAGAUUACUCCACAGUGCUUUUAAUCAUGACGUGCUUCCUUACAUCACUUCAUCCACUGGCCCACAGUAUAUAAAUACUGCAUCUUCACAGAGUUUAUUGUAAUUCUUACAUUUUAUAACAAACAAAUAAUAAAAA